GAGUAUAUCUUUUAUAAAACAAAAGCAAUCCGACCAAAUAUGCUCGCAAAGUGUAUGUCCGCAAGUCUGAGAGAAAGUCAAUAAACUCUAAACCUUAGCAAAAUCGUGUAAUAUCGAGCUACAAAAUGGCAAUCAACAGACCAAGAAUUGUGAUAAUUGGAGCCGGAAUGGCGGGUCUCACAGCUGCCAACAAGCUCUUCAAAUCCCAAAAAAAAACUAACGCAUUUGAGCUAUGCGUUGUAGAAGGUGGAUCAAGAAUUGGAGGUCGAAUCAAGAGUUGUCACCUAGGCGGUGACAGAAUUGAGCUUGGCGCAACUUGGAUCCACGGCAUUGAAAACAGCCCAGUUUAUAAAAUAGCCCAAGAAAUGAAUGCCCUGAAUUCUGAUCAACCAUGGGAACGCAUGGAUGGCUUUGUUGGUGAUUCCAUUACAAUUGCUGAAGGGGGUUUUGAGCUUCACCCUUCGCUAGUUCACCGUGUUUCGAGAUUGUUUAAAUCACUUAUGGCCUUUGUCAGAGGAAAAAAUGAUGAAUGUGAUGAAUUUUCGGUUGUGAAUUGUGGGUUGGAUUGUCAGAGUGUUGGGUGUUUUCUUAGGAAAGGGCUUGAGGAAUUCUUGGGAUCGGUGAAGAAUGGUGAUGAGGACGUUACGGGGUAUGGUAAUUGGACUGAAACAAUGUUGAUUGAAUCUAUUUUUACGAAAUAUGAGAAUAUGUUGAGAGGUUAUUAUUCAGCUGAUGAUUUAAAGAGUAUUGAUUUUGAAGCUGAGAAAGAGUUCAGUAUGUUUCCUGGUGAAGAAAUUACAAUUGCUCGGGGCUAUUUUAGCAUCAUUGAAUCAUUGGCAUCUGUUUUGCCCCAUGAUGUAAUUCAAUUAGGUAGAAAAGUUGAAAGAAUUGAGUGGGAACCAAGUAGUUUUGUUGGCACAAGUAGGCCGGUUAAGCUGCAUUUUUCUGAUGGAUCAGUGCUGGAAGCUGAUCAUGUAAUUGUCACUGUUUCAUUAGGUGUGCUUAAAGCUGGAAUUCUUGAUGAUCCAGGUAUGUUUUCGCCACCCCUUCCUGACAAUAAGACCAAAGCAAUUUCAAAGCUUGGAUAUGGAGUUGUUGACAAGCUUUUCUUGCAAUUGGAUCCAUCCCAUGAUCAACAAACUGAUCAAAUAUCACGGUUUCCAUUUUUGGGAAUGGUUUUUCAUGAUUUAGGUUCCGAAAUGAAGGACGCUGAAAUUCCUUGGUGGAUAAGAAAGACGUCAAGUUUAUGUCCAAUUUAUAGCAAGUCAAGUGUGUUGUUAUCUUGGUUUGCAGGAAAAGAAGCUCUUGCACUCGAGUCCCUUGGUGAUGAAGAGAUUCUUAACAAGGUCUCGAAAACAAUAUCCAGCUUCUUGUCAAAGUCAGGAAAGCCGUGUAGCGGAAAUUCUAGUUCUUUAGACAAGUACACAGGGAGAGAAUUCAAAUUCACAAAUUUGUUGAAGAGCCAGUGGGGAACUGAUCCAUUGUUCUUGGGUUCGUAUAGUUACGUAGCUGUUGGUUCAAGUGGAGAUGACAUAGAGAAACUGGCAUCACCAUUGCCAAAUAACAGCUCUGCACCUCCUCUCCAGAUCCUGUUUGCAGGGGAAGCAACUCACAGAACCCAUUAUUCAACUACUCAUGGUGCUUAUCUAAGUGGCAUAAGAGAAGCAGACAGGCUUCUUCAACAUUAUGGGUAUACGUCUGCACCUCACACCUCUGGAUAAUAUCUUUACUGGAGAAACUUGUUUAUAAGUUCUUCUUUUAUCUCUUCUUUACAUUAUGGGUGUUUAUUAGAAGUUAGAAAGAAUGAUACCAAUGGAUGGGGACUCUUUUAGAUGUACUAAAUGAAUUUAUAGUGCCUUCUUCAUGAUGUAUUGCAUUGUUACUCUGAGUCCGGUCCGACUAGUUAUCGCUAGAAGUUUUAACUCUAGAUACUUUAUGUGAACAAGGGGGUUACAUUACUCUAUCAGUGAUGUAGUCACUCCCUCUAGAGUUUUUGUUUUCCAGCAAUAAAAAUCCGCUAAAAGAUGGUCACAUGCAAUCGCUUAUUACUUUUUAGUGACCAACUCUACCAGCGAUGUAAUCCCUCAUUCUAGAGUUUUUGCUUUCCGACAAUAAAAUACCACUAAAAGAUGGUCA